UGCACAUGGACUAGUGUGUCACUAGUAAGAAUCCCCGUCCUGUCCCUCCUCCCCGCCGCUCGUUCUCCAGGUUGUAGGUGGGAUGCUCUCAACAGCUCAGCUGAGUCUGUGCUCUGCGCUGGGCUCAGACACUGCAUCCAGAAUGAGGCGCCUCCUGCUCUUUUACCUUGGGCUGCCUUGCUUCAACCAAAGACAGAAAAACAAAUGGAAUCUCCUCAGUGAUUCGUUCAUAUCCUCCGCGUUGCCUUUCUAAAACGUUAAGUCUCUUCCUGACAGCAGGAGCUUCAGUGAGGGAUCAGGGGAAACCAGAUACAAACAGGUGUUUCCAUCCUAUGGCUGCGCAUUGAGCUUCAUUCACGACUGUCUGCCUUCACGAAUACCAUGUGCGCGGCCAUGUAGUUUAGUGAGAUGAUGCAUAACCGCUUACAGGGAAUGGGUUUGUGCGUAUUUGUUGUGAUGCUGAGAAAAUGAUACAGUUGGAGGAACAUGCAGCGUGCUGUGGUGAAAGUCUUUGUACAGCUUCACGGUGGAACGUGUGGUUUUUAUUUUUUAAGUUUCACUUUUUUCUCGGAGAUACAACGGAUAAUUCCUGAAUAACGCCCAAAUUCACGAAAAAUGAUUCAUUUGGACAUUAUCUAAAAGGCUUCACCGCACUGCUGGGACUAUUUUACUGUGUAUUUUUUCAUAGUCCAUAUUGCAAAUUCUGUGUUAUUUAACCAAUCGUUGUAGUUGCCUCAGACUGUUUCCACUGCGCCUGGACGUUUCCCUUCAGAGUCCAGCUUUCUGGAUACAAAGGGGGUGAUUAUUUUCACGCUUCCUCGGAAGUUUUUUCCAGAGCGCUGCCAAACUGGCCAUGGCUGCAGCGAUUGCCAGCUCCCUCAUAAGGCAGAAAAGGCAGGCGAGGGAGCGGGAGAAGUCUAAUGCCUGCCGCUGCGUUAGCAGCCCCAGUAAAACCAAAGGAAGCUGUGAAAAACCCAGUCGACUGAACGUUUUCUCCCGGGUCAAACUCUUUGGUUCGAAGAAGAGGCGAAGGAGACGACCAGAGCCCCAGCUGAAGGGGAUUGUGACUAAGCUGUACAGUCGACAAGGUUUCCACCUGCAGCUGCAGGCAGAUGGAACCAUUGACGGAACGAAGGAAGAAGACAAUGGUUACACCAUGUUCAACCUUAUUCCAGUGGGGCUGCGAGUGGUGGCCAUCCAGGGGGUGCAGACCAAACUCUAUCUGGCUAUGAACAGUGAGGGCUACCUGUACACAUCAGAACACUUUACACCAGAGUGCAAAUUCAAGGAGUCAGUGUUCGAGAACUAUUAUGUGACAUACUCCUCCAUGAUAUACCGGCAGCAGCAGUCGGGCAGGGGCUGGUACCUCGGUCUGAACAAGGAAGGAGAAAUCAUGAAGGGGAACCAUGUCAAGAAGAACAAGCCAGCAGCCCACUUCCUUCCCAAGCCUCUUAAGGUGGCAAUGUACAGAGAGCCAUCCCUCCAUGACUUGACAGAGUUCUCCCGCUCCGGCAGCGGCACGCCCACCAAGAGUCGGAGUGCCUCGGCUGUGCUCAACGGAGGCAAAGCUGUGAGCCAGAAUGAGUCGACGUAGCCCGGUAGCCGAAUCCAGGCCUGUGGCCGAACCACGAAACCUUACCUCCAGCAGAGCGUGAAUCCAAGCAGACUUCUCUCACCGAUCAGCGGUUCAGGACUAGCUACGACAACUAACCACACACAAACACCCAGACAGCAUCAAUAAAAAAUUAAAAAAAAACCCACAGUUAGGUACCAUCCUGAUCAAUCAUUGUUUCCAUCUCAAAACAGCAUCAAAAGUAAGAAACUUAACAGCACAUAAACCAUUCUGGACUUAAAAAUAAAUUAAAAUUUUUCUUUUGGGCUUGAGAUUUAUUUAUUACUUUGAUCACUCUCUUUCGGUGAUUAUUGCGUACCACUUAGCUCAUCUUUAUCUUAUUUUAUUUUUCUUAAUUUCCUGCGGACAAUAACUUUUUCUUAGGUCAUGUAGACACCAAGCACUCGUGCAUCUGUCAGACAGGGACAGGAAGUUAGACAUGUAGGCGUUCAGGGCAGCCAGUAAUGGUGCUGGUCUACAAGGCUGCAGUGGUACAGUACAAGCCCUGAUCUCUGUCUCAUCCAUGCUUCUGUGAAUACAAAGCCUAUAAACUCCCUGGUGUGGCACAGCCUAGAGCUGCUGGGACUGUGGCCAGCCAGACGGUAGCUCUCCUGCGUCCUAGUGCACACGCUCAGAGACUGAGCUCUCUAGCAUGGGAAAAUGAAGCCUAUGUUCAGCUGACCUGAAAUAUAAGGGACAGUGUGGCUCUCUUGCAGUUUUUUUUUUUUUUCUUUUCAGAGAUGCCACAGCUGCACCUUGUUGGUUUUUUUUUUUUUUGUUUUGUCCCCUCUUGUUCUCUUCCCUUGUCAUUGUUCAGUAUUUGUAUUUUUGUUGCUGUUGCAUCAUUGAAAGGGGUUCCAGCACACCAAAGACAGAACGAAAGAGUUUCCCUUUAAGCCGCUGAAAACCAAGCCAGUAUAGAGGCAGAAAGCUGGAAUUUUUUUUUUCAUUGUACAUUAUUGGUGAAAGAAAGCAAAGAUUUUGAAGGAAAAAAAAAAAAAAAAGAACAAUGGACAAAGGAAGUGAUUUUAAACAAUUUGGAGUUGGCAGCGUGCUUGAUGUUGUGCUUUUUGCUGAUAUGCUCAAUGAUCGAAGUAUGAAACGAUUACUCUGUGUCCCCAUUCCCUUCUGUUACCGCUGUGUUCACAACGUCUCCGUCUCUUGUCCUCGUGAUCUGUUUCUUCCCUCUGUGCUUGUGUCAUACUUCGACCCCCCCUGCCAUCCUUUUUUGUGGACUUCUCUUGACUGAUACAGUUCACCAUAGGAAUAUGGUGCAAGCCCCUUCCCAGGAUGCUUGUUAUGUGUUUGAGUAACUUAUUGUGGUGACAAUAUUUUCUAUAUUUAAAAAAAGAAUACUGUGGACUUUUAGGUGGCUUAACAUUUUAUAGGACACGUCAUAUUUGUAAAAGUGAAAAAAAAAAAAAAAAGAAAAAAAAAAAAACGUACAAAAACGAACAUCUUCCCUUUCUUGCACAGGGCAUGUACAAACACAAUUAUGUACAAAAAGGACCCUUUUUGUGGGCUAUGUACUCUUCCCUUCAGCUACAUAACUUCUUUCUGGUACAUGCUUCUGGGAGGCUUUCUUUUCUUGGUUUCCUCCGGAGGUGGUUUGUAUUAGGUGAACCUAUCUGUUGCAUGGGAGAAAGCAGGGAAAUUCUGGUCUAGAGCUGCAUGAUGUAGGCUAUGUGUAUUAACCCAUGUUGGAUCAUGUGUUCCAAACUACCAGGCUAAAUCUGAUAAAACAACAUAUACAGGCAGACACUGUGGCUGUCUGAUAACUUCCAGUUGUUUAUUAUUUGUUGUAUACACAAAAAUGCACUGAAUAAAAUGUUUAUAUUAAGAUAUACUUUUAAAA